CAAAGGCAGCGCACAGAGCCAAAAGCAGAUUUCAAAGCCCAAGGUUUCCUCUCUCUCUCUCUCUCUCUUCCCUUCUCUCUCUAGGGUUCUCGCUUCCCCCAAACUCUGCGGAACUCUCAGAGUUCCAGUUCGCAACCAGCUCGCCACUCCCCUCAAGCUCAGAUGGAAAGCAUGCAUAGCUUUUGGCAGUUGGGUGAUGAGCUACGUGGACAAUCAAGAGUCUCGGAAGAUCACAAGUGGCUAAUGGUUGCUUCCAAAUUGGCAGAGCAGACAAUGUGUAAGAGUGAACGCAUGAAUAACACUGACGUUUUGAAGGGUCCAGCAGAAAUUAGGCCGAGAGAUAAGAUCGGUUACCAGGAAGACAAUAAAUUUGAGAGCUUCAACUUUAACAUGUUGAACUUGGAGUCAAAGAUGGCAGAAAAUGUGAGCAAAAGUUGCUUCAGGAAUGGUAUUUAUGAGACAAAUGCAGUGUGCCAGAAAAACAAUCUGAACAGUAUUGGAAGCAUGGCUUCAAACAAGUAUAGCAGUAAUCACUUUAACAAAGAUGCUUCUGCCUCUGCUGCCAACAGUGAAAACUGCAAUGCAGUUGACAAAAGGUUCAAGACUCUUCCUGCUUCAGAAACCCUCCCUCGAAAUGAAGUGCUUGGAGGAUACAUAUUCGUGUGUAACAAUGACACUAUGCAGGAGGACCUGAAGCGUCAGCUAUUUGGUUUACCACCAAGAUACAGAGAUUCUGUCCGGGCAAUUACGCCAGGCUUACCUCUGUUUCUCUAUAAUUAUACUACUCAUCAGUUGCAUGGUAUUUUCGAGGCAUCAAGCUUUGGAGGUUCUAAUAUCGACCCCACUGCGUGGGAGGAUAAGAAAUGUAAAGGUGAAUCAAGGUUUCCUGCCCAGGUGAGGAUUCGCAUUAGGAAACUCUGCAAAGCAUUGGAGGAAGAUUCAUUUAGGCCAGUCUUGCAUCACUAUGAUGGUCCAAAGUUUCGUCUCGAGCUCUCAGUUCCAGAGACCCUCAACUUACUAGACCUGUGCGAACAAGCGGGAUCUGCAUCGUGAGCAUGGUAAACAAAAAAAAUGGAACCGUGGUCGUUUCUCUGAUGCGUGAAAGCUGUGUUGGGUGUGCGUGCGUGUGUGUGUGUGGGCUUUUGACCAAAUUUUCCGAAGAGCGUAAGCUUGGAAAGUGCGAGUGUAUGGAUCGUGUCAAGUACUAGGUAAUGGUGUGCGCGCCAGCCUAAUAAGGAACCUCCGUCACUUGAAGACUACUCCGUGAGUGUGUUAUGCUUAUCUUUUGUUCUGUUGUAAGACAAUAUACCCUUCGAGAUGUAAAACCCGUGAUGGCUCUCUAGUUCCCUUGAAAGCCUUAUAUAUCUAUCUAUAUGUUUCUGAA